GAGGAAGGGGAGGCUCAGGCUCACUGGACAGGGCCCUUUCCCUGCUGAGGCUGGAGUUGUUCAGAAGACAGCUUUUAGGAUACUAGUUGGGCCGGGAUUGUGGCUUCAGAACGUAGAAUCAGUGGCAGCAGGUUCGUUCCCCACGCUGCCCAUGUCACACAGCCUUUCACUGGCCCCCCUGAGGCCCUCGGCCUUCGGGCCUUCUUUUUCUGGGGCCGAGCACAUACAGUACUCUACUAGGUCUCCCCCGGGGCAGCGGGGACAUAAACACCGCCAGACUGAAGAUCUCUACUGUAUUCUCAUUUUUCAUCUCUUCCUCCAGCUGGGGGAAGAUAACAUUUUGAAGUAGCAGCUUCGCAGUUGCAGGGCGUGAGAACAGAAAUGUCCUGUGGCAUCAGGGGUCUUAGGAAGCCUGGCGGGGAAGGGAGGGUCAGAGGCUGCUUUGGGACGGUGGCUUGGGAUAUGAGUUUGGCAGGGUGAGGGUGGAGGGAAGAGACCUGGGACAGCUUCAUCUUUAGAAAUCUGUCUCUUGGUUGAUAACCCACUUCCCAAAACCUCACCCAAACCCUGUUUUGAGGAGAGGAAAGCAGCACAGGGCUGGCAGGCUCGGACUCCCGCCCUGCCCCGUUCUGACUUUGGAGUUUUAUAUUUGGAGGCCUUGCACAGGUUGGUCAUUAAUCCAGUGAGUUAUUGUCUGCUAAACAGAGGUCACUGGAAGAGAGACAUCCAAUCUGUCAGGAGAGGUGGGGCGGCCACUUGCAGGGGACUGGGUCCUUGCUCCUCUCUUUCCGGCUUCUCCUGGGACACCCCACCCCCACCCCACCUCCACAGCCCGCCAGGAUUCACCGCCGGUCCCCCUUGGCCUCGUCCGUCCUGCCCACCUUUGUCUCCACACUUGCUAAGGGUGGGGUUUGCAGGCCGGAACUGAGUUUCUGGAUGCGGCAGUCUCCCUGGUUCAGCAGGAGGAGGAGACCUCUGGCCACCAAGGAGCCUGCUUGCUCGGGUGAUGGCCUGGGUCGCUCAUGAGCGGGGUCAGGCUGCCUGGUUAGUCACCAAGUAGACUUCACAGCCCCGGGGGGAGGCUGCCCUGUCGUUUCUGACCUCCCCUGCGGCAUCCGCCUGGGAGAGGCGGGCAUCCCCACACCUGGCAUAGGGACAGAAGCACAGCUUGGUGUCUUCUUCUCCAGCCCGGUGAUCUUUUUCUCCUUUCGAUCCUCGCCAUUGCUGAGCCAGGUCUGCGCUGCUGGGCUACAGCAGAGGCGCCAGGCCGGCUCCUUUCGAAGCCUCUUUGUUCCCUCCCACUCCUGCAUUUUGGAAAGCUAGGGUGGGGGAGGUAAACGCCAAGAGCCAUCUUCAUUAACAGUACCCCCCCCAGCUUUGAAAUCUUUCCUAACCCUCGAGGAGGCGGCGAUUUGGGAAAUUCCAAAACUUUACACCACUCCGUGGAGGCACAAAGUUGGGCAGUAAAACUGGGAAAAAGUAUGGGACUCAGAACCAGGCAGGCAGCAAGAAACAGCUCCCUAACCGCGAGCCCCAGGCGCCGAGGAUCCAGGGAGCCCAGCCAGGGACCUGGGGGACAGGAUGCCUGGCCGCCCCAAGGGAGCUCACAAGUCCAUUUCAAAGGUGCCAGCUCCUUUGCUCUUGUUGAAAGAAUUUUCGUUUAGUCUUUGGUGGAUUCUUGAGGGGAGAGGGAAACAGCUGUGGUCCUGCCAAGGUGCAGAAGUGGAGGGUGGACAGCGGCUGGUCUCAGGGUUUGGGGUCCCCCUCAGUACGGGGUACCGAGUCGGGGCGGGGUGGAGGGAGUGUGGGAGCCAGAGCUCUGGCUCUGCGGAGAGGGAAUGGGGGAGAAAAGGAUAUCUGGGAGGGGGACAUUUUCCUAAUGUUCAUAUUUAUUAUCAAUUGUUUGCUUUUAUUAGUUUACAUGCUUUAAUCUUUUUCUCAAUUUUCCCUUUUCAAUCUCUCACAUAUACAGAUUCUUACAUACUCAGAAAGAGGAGGCAGAGAGAGAGUUACCCAAGCUUCUGACCCUGAGUCCAGGAAGAAACUCUCCCUUUCGCUAUCCCUAAAUCACAGGCUUCUCCCCGUCUUUCCCCAGACCCCAAGGUCUCCCCUCAGGCCUCCCCUGAAGCCCCCCACCCUAAGCUCCCUGCCCAAGUCCCUGCCACCCAGCCUUUGUCUCCGGCAGUUUGAAAGGUCCCUAACCUGCAGCCGCGCUGCCAAUGAAACAAGCACCCUCAGGCCUGCCAGCUUGACCGCCUUCUGCCCUGCGGCCUCCCAGCCGCAGCCAGGGGCGAUCAGCCUGCGGGCAGAAACCUCGGAGGAAGGGCAGAAAAGGCAGAAAGGAGCCAUUGCCUCCCAAGCAGUCCAAGUGGGUGCUGGUCUGCAGGGUGGUUACCAGGCCGCUCCCCUGGCGCAUCUGGGGGGACACCCCCCAGGCUGCUUUGUCUCCUUGCUCCCCACCUUCUCACUUCCCUCCUCAGUGUCCCACUGCCUUGUGCAGCCGGAAGGGGCCACCAGCGCUGGUGGAGGCCGGGAGGCAGGGUCCCUGCUGUCCCCGGGGCACUUUUCCUGCCCAGGCGGCUGCACGCGAAGCCCCCGUCCCUGCUAGCGCAGGCUGCAGCUGGCUGGGUGCCGUGGGGCUCUCUCUAUUGCUCCAGGCAAAGUUGUGCAGGCUGGGCAGCCACCAGCUUCUCUGUCAACUUCACAGUGACCUUCUCUAGCCAGUAACGGUGAGAAGAGCUGCAGGCUCUAAAGUACACUCUUGGCUUCUUCACUUGGGGAGCUUGAGAGUAAGAUCCAAAGACACCGGAAACUUCCCCGCCCGAGUCCCUGUCCCGCCAGGCCCAGAGCGGCUGGCGGUCUAACCCUGUAAGUCUCCAGACGGUGUCUGCGGACCUCGGGGCGGCUCCUCCUAGCUACAUACUCACCCAGGCUUAAAGGGUCUCCUCGAGAGGGUCCUGGCUGGAGCCCCAACACUUCAUCAGGCUUGGGCAUUUUCUUGUCUUGAUGCUACUAACAAGCACAGAAAAAUGGCUCCCUUCGCUCCUUACCUCUCCCCUGCCCGCAGUGCCAGUUCUGCAGGCGGAAGGACCCUCAGCACAGCACAAGGAGGGCUCUGCGGGCGGCUCCUACUGCUGGAGGCCGCAAGCAGGCCCCAGGGCCCCAGCUGCUGCAGCUCACCUGGCCUGACUUGGUGGGCCUGGGAGAAGUGGGGGCCAGAGGCCAGGGAUCACCCUCUUGCUCAUCCCCCAAGCAGACCCAGAGUUGGGGUGAGGGGGGUGUGGGGUGCCCGCCUCGCCUCAGCCAGACGCAGCCGCCCUCCCUGCGCAGAAGGGGAGACAAUAGCUGGAAAUCAUCCCUCACCUUUGUUCCCCCGGUCCCAUCGCCCAGUCUUAGUGCAUCCACAGGGCAGAAGCCCAGAGCCGGGCUCUAACCAGGAAAUCCCAGGGUGGUGGCUGACUGACCAGUUUCCCAAGCCGCCUUCUAUUUCACCCCCUCAGCCCCGAGUCAGCAGUUAGAGCACUGCGGAGGCGCCUGCCUGGGAAGGUGUCCUGGGGCUUUGCCUUUUUCUUUCUUUCUUUUUUUUUUGUCUUUUUUCUCCUCCAGGAAUGGCUCUCCCCACCCCCACCCCCAAAUGUGCAGACACCUACAUUCUUGGCUUCUGUCCUCCUCCUGCAGGCCUGCUCCUUGCCUUGCCCUGCCCUGCUCACACACACCCUAAGAAAACUUUGGCUUUUGUAACCUUCCUUACUUGUGCCAAGGGUCAUAAAUCUUGCAGAGCAGAGAGAAACAAACAGGUUUGCCCUGAAUAGUAAUAAUAAUAAUAACCUCCCUCCAUCUCCUCAGCCAGUGCAUGGGAAACAAAGCCAUUCUGCUGGUUGAGCUCAUCUUCUCAGAGGGACAAAUGUCCUGGUCCCCUUCUCGCCCCUCCUGCCUAUCCGGAGGUGGCAAUCUUCACAGAAACUUCUCCCUGAAGUUCUCACAGCCGCUCUGCAGCCGGCUCCCAGCGCUCCAGCAGGUUCUUUUGUCACCCUCUCCUCAACUCCUCUGCCCCUGCAAGAUGUUCUGGGUUUUUAAGUCAUCACUCACCGCUUGUUGUCUGUUCUCAAAAAGAAAAAAAGAAAAAAAAAAAAAAAAAAAGAAGGUAGGGUGUUAAGAAAAAAAACUUAGCCUUGGGUCCCUCCCCUGGGUAGAGAGAGUACCUGGAGGUCUUAGCGGGUGGGGGAGAGGGGUGGAGAGGUACGGAGGAGAGGUACAGAGCCUGGGAGAUUCAGAGAGUCAGGCCAGCGGGAGACCCGGCCAGCAGCCACCAGUCCUGGAGGAGUAGAACUACUUAAAAAAAAAAAAAAAAAAAAGAAGUUCUGGCGUGGCAACUGCGAAUGAGCGAGGGGCGCCCAGCACCCCCGCCCCCAGGCCGGGCCCUCUCCUCCAGGCCUCUCAAGCCCCUUCUCAAAUUAGCAUAAUGAUUCACUCGUGGGGUGGGGUGGGGCCGGGAACUCCACGGAGCGCCUCGCGUUUGCUCGCCUCUCCCCAGAUCUCAAUUUAAAAAUUUACUUGUUCUUAAAAAAAAAAAGAGAGAGAGAGAGAGAAGCAAAGCUAGCCCACCUCCACCGCCUUUCUUUCUCACUCUCUUUUUUUGGGGGGGUGUAUUUAAAACGCCCCCUCCCCCGUCAGCACCCUCACCUUCCCUCCUUAUCAGACAUCUAAGCUUGCUAACGGGGGAGAGGUGGGGGUGUGUAUGAGCGUGUGUGUGAGUGAGUGAGUGUGUGUGUGUCUGUGUGGUUUUUUUUUCCCUGUGCAAAAGCAGAGGCCAUUGUUACAGAGAGUAGGGCGUACCAGUCUUAUAGGGCAACCACACUGUGGCGGCCUGGCCGAGCCAGCGCCCGGAGCUGGAUCCCGGCGAGCCCGGCAGCCCCGGCACCUUUCGGUCUUCUAUUUUUUUCCGAUCCCCCACCCCCUCCCUCUGCGCACCCCCGGCUCCUAAGCCGAGUGAAUUGAAGCGGACGCCGCGCCGGCUCCUCUGGCCGCUCUGCCCCUCGGGCUCCCCAGCAGCCGGGGUGGCUUUGGGGAGGGGGGGGCGACGAAGCUUUAAACAGUGGUCUUUUUUCCCUUUGCCUUCAAGGAGGGGAGAUUUCUCGCCUGCCGCUCGCGCUGGGGCUCGAUGUGAAUAUAUAUUAUGUCUGCCUGCUCUCCCCUCGUCGGUGGCUAAGGUCAACCGCUCCGAACAGGCCCGGGAGGAGGGGGGCAGCGAGGGGAGGGGGGUCCGGCGUGUCACGUGACCCCCAGGGGUGCCAAUGUCCGGUCGUGAGGGUAUCAGGCCCUUGCGAGUUGCCAUCUACUGCCCGGGCCUCGCCCAGCGAUGCAGAAAGCCACCUACUACGACAACGCCGCGGCUGCGCUCUUUGGAGGCUACACCUCGUACCCCGGCAGCAAUGGCUUCGGCUACGACGGCCCCCCCCAGCCCUCCUUCCAGGCCGCCACGCACCUGGAGGGUGACUACCAGCGCUCAGCGUGCUCGUUGCAGUCCCUGGGCAACGCCGUCCCGCAUGCCAAGAGCAAGGAGCUCAACGGCAGCUGCAUGAGGCCCGGCCUGGCCCCCGAGCCCCUGCCCGCCCCGCCGGGCUCACCCCCGCCCAGCGCCGCACCCACCAGUACCACUAGCAACAGCAGUAACGGGGGCGCGCCCGGCAAAAGCGGGGCCCCCAAGUGCGGGCCCGGCUCCAACGCCACCCUCACCAAACAGAUAUUCCCCUGGAUGAAAGAGUCGAGGCAGACGUCCAAGCUGAAAAGCAGCUCCCCCGGCACAGCGGAGCCCCCCGGGCUCGGCGGCGUCCAAGCGCGCGCGCACGGCGUACACGAGCGCGCAGCUGGUGGAGCUGGAGAAGGAGUUUCACUUCAACCGCUACCUGUGCCGGCCGCGCCGCGUGGAGAUGGCCAACCUGCUGAACCUCAGCGAGCGCCAGAUCAAGAUCUGGUUCCAGAACCGGCGCAUGAAGUACAAGAAGGACCAGAAGGCCAAGGGGCUGGCCUCGUCGUCCGGGGGUCCCUCUCCCGCCGGCAGCCCCCCGCAGCCCAUGCAGUCCACGGCCGGCUUCAUGAACGCCUUACACUCCAUGACUCCCAGCUACGACAGCCCGUCCCCGCCCGCCUUCGGCAAAGCCCACCAGAAUGCCUACGCGCUGCCCUCCAACUACCAGCCCCCGCUCAAGGGCUGCGGCGCCCCGCAGAAGUACGCCCCGACCCCGGCGCCCGAGUACGAGCCCCACGUGCUGCAGGCCAACGGGGGCGCAUACGCCACGCCCGCCCUGCAGGGCAGCCCGGUGUACGUGGGCGGGGGCGGCUACGCGGAUCCGCUGCCGCCCCCUGCCGGGCCCUCCCUCUACGGCCUCAACCACCUCUCCCACCACCCCUCGGGGAACCUGGACUACAACGGGGCGCCCCCUAUGGCCCCCAGCCAGCACCACGGACCCUGCGACCCGCACCCCACCUACACAGACCUCUCCUCUCACCACGCGCCUCCUCCUCAGGGUAGAAUCCAAGAAGCGCCCAAAUUAACACACCUGUGAUGCGAGGGGGAGGUCAAGGGCGCUGCAGGGCUGCGGAGCUCUGCGGGGGGCGCAGGGGGGGGUCUCCAGGCCUCCGGGGCCUGGGGCUCCUUCCCUCCCCCCGGCCUGAGGGGCUGCUUUGCAGUCCUCCAGCGCCUGGUUCCAUCUGCCUGCCAACCCUUCGGGAAGGAAUUCACAGCAGAUUGGAUCUGACCCCCCCAGGAGCUCCAGGGCUCCAGCGCUACCGAGUUGGAAUUCCGCGCUGGAGAGGGUUAGGGUAGAGGAGGGCAAGCUACAACUAGGAAGGCGAGGCAGAGAAGCACAGUCAAAAAAAAAACAAACAAACAAACAAAAAAAGAUGGCCAGGCAGGCCAUCACCAACCGACCAACUUACCUUCCGUCUCCGUGGGUCAUCCCCCAACUCUUGGUAGUUCCCCCUCUCGUUCUCCUUAAGAAAACAAGAAAACGUAUUGAAACCCAAGGGCACAAAGCACCGUCCCCUCCUGCUUCCUGAAGCCUCGGUUGGCUCUCUCUGAGGUUUCUGGGCCAGGGCCUCCGUUUCCACCACAUUCACACCUACACCUCACCACGGUCAGUGACAGUCUUCUGAGGGCUCAGGGAUGGUGACAGAUCCUGAAAGGCAGAGCUGCCUAGAGUAUAAAUAUAUAUAUUUUUUCUUUGAAGGAAAAGUUAGGAGGCCAAGGCAGGCAAGGACUGAAGUUUUGCCUGCUCGGGGGCCCCUCGUCUCAGCUCCUGGUCCAUCAUCCCCCUCUCUGCAGAAAGCAAUCAGCCACAUGAAAUUUUUCCACUUUUCUUCUGUUGCUCUCUUGACUUAACGUGAAAACAGGGUAUAUUUGAACAAACUGUUUGUCCCAGGCAGGGGCUGCAGCGGGGCCUGCGUGCCUCGGUCGCCUUCUGACAGGACACUUUUGUUGCACUUAGAGUUUACAUUUUAAUGGAUAUAAAAACAACUGUGAGAGAUGCCUGGGCCUGUAGGAGCCCAGCAUUGCUCAAAAAGCGUGUGUUCUAGUGAACAUUUUCAUAUAUAUUUAUUGGUUAUAGCCCGUUAAAAUAUUUUCUUUUUUGUAUUAUUUAUCCCCCCUACAUUAUGUAUUUAUAUGAGGAAGAAGGGAAAAAAAUUGUACUUUUUUAGUAUUUACUUGUUAUAAAGGACAUUGUGUUUCCUGUCAUGUAAAACCAGCUAUUUUAGUUUUUAUUGUACUCUAGCAAAGAGCUGUAGAUUUAUGUUAACCUCGUACUUAUGAGCAAUUGUAAUUAGUUCUAAAAGGCAUGAAACUCAGCUCCUACUUGUCACUGUAUAGUCCUGAAUUUGUAGAGUUAGUUAAUUUCCUCUUGGAACUUUCUUUGUUCUUCCGUAGUUACUUUUUUUUCUUACUUAAAAGGGUUGUCUGUCAAACGAUUCUUGAAUAAACUUUCUGUUAUCAAUUUUA